UUUCUUCUGCCUCUUCUAUGAUCCAACGGUGAUUAACCCGACACUGAUCCACGCUAUCGCACUCAUGAGUAACGCAGAAGUGGUUUGCUGCGUACGAGGAAGCUUCAUCAGAAUUUGUUUUCUCCCAAGUUGUUCCGCUUAUAUAUACAUAACAGAAAUCGAGCGAAAAGCAUGAAAAAAAUAGAAAAGAAAAUUUGUGAUUAUGGGGCUCUCGAAAUCCGAAUGCAAGAUCCACCCAUCUCAGCUCCAAAAUCAAGGGAUUUUCCCUUCAUGCCUAAGGGAAAGGUUAUCUAGUCUUUGUUCCACUUCGCUCAACGAAGCUACAAGACUCGCUCCUUAUUAUGCUUCCAACUCUCGUCACCAGCCCCACGUCGUAUUUCGCAUCAGAGGAACGGUUCUGAAGUGGUGGGAGUCGCCAGAUCGUCGUCCUUCAUGGUGGAAGUUGGUGAAAGUUUCAGACUUCAAAAGCCAGACAUCAAUGUCUUCUGUAAUGGAGUUUGCGGCUUCUAAAGAAAGCAAUGAAGAGGGUGAAAAUGAACGGUUAGAUCAUUUUCUCAACGUGGAUCCAACGCUUUCUAACAGCUUCUCACUCUCUGCUGAUAUUUUCCUCAAAGCCGCCAUCGCUCUCAAGAACCAGGUAACGUGGAAAGGAGGUGGUGGAAGUGGUGACAGGUCGGGAACUGGAAUAGACCCGACGGUGUACACGGGGCUGCUGGGGACAGCUUUUACUUGCUUGAGAUCUUACGACGUGGCUGGUAAUCGGCAGGACUUGUUAUUGGCCGCUGAGAUCGUUGACGCGUGCGUUCCUGUCGCGUGUCUCUGCCAGAGCAUAUACGUAGCACAAGAAAAGGCUCUCCCGGUUGGACCUGAAGAAGGUGGUUUCGGAAUGUCGUAUGAUCUUCUUCACGGUCGAGCCGGAUUCUUAUGGGCUGCUUUGUACUGGGGUGCAGCCAACGGUCUAGCCGGAAUCUUGCACGUGCUCCUUCAUUUCCCUCUCUCGGAAGAUGAUCAGGUCGAUGUCAAAGGAACUUUAAGGUACAUGAUGAGUAACCGAUUCCCACAUAGUGGAAAUUACACUUCAAGUGAAAGGAACAUGAGGGACAAGUUGGUGCAAUGGUCUCAAGGUGCAACAAAUAUGGCAAUCACUCUAGCCAAGGCAUCACAGAAACCGGCCGCCACUUCGCCGUACCAACCACCGCAAGUUAGCUCCGACCCGCCGUUUGUCGUCUACUGA